UUUCAAACGAUUCCUACAUUACUUCUCUGUUUGUUUUUCAAUAAAUUACCAACUUUUUCCUUAAAAAAAAAAAAGAAAGAGAAAAAAAUUUUCUUUCGGACAGGGUUAUUUUGGUAAAUUGAAACGGACUCGGAGCUACAACAGGAAAAUGAUGCCCGGAGAGACGUUGCCGUCGUGGAAUGGCUUUAUGCCGAUCCCUCUACUCUUAUUCCCAUCCCCUGCAUCGUCCUCCUCUUCAGCUUCCUUCCAAGCUCACUUCCUUCUUCCCGCUAUACCCUUCUAGUUCCUCCGAAUUUACUAACCUUACCCACCGCCACCAACAACCUAAAACUCUAGUCUCCCGCACUUGUUGUUCAUCGUCCAUGGAGGCUCCUCCGGAAGGUUAUCGGAAAAAUGUUGGUAUCUGUCUCAUCAAUCCGUCCAAAAAGAUUUUUGCUGCUUCGAGGCUGGAUAUACCCAAUGCUUGGCAAAUGCCCCAGGGUGGGAUUGAAGAAGAUGAAGAUCCAAAAGCUGCAGCCAUCAGAGAAUUAAAGGAAGAAACUGGUGUGAGUUCAGCAGAAGUUAUUGCAGAGGUGCCCUAUUGGUUGACGUAUGACUUCCCACCAGAAGUCAGGGAAAAACUUAAAGUUCAAUGGGGGUCAGACUGGAAAGGUCAAGCACAAAAGUGGUUUCUUCUCAAAUUCACUGGGGAGGAUGAAGAAAUCAAUCUUGUAGGUGAUGGGACUGAGAAACCUGAGUUUGGUGAGUGGUCAUGGAUGUCACCAGAGGAAAUAAUAGAGCAUGCAGUGGAUUUCAAGAAAAAUGUCUACAAGGAAGUCUCGGCAGUUUUUUCUCCCCACCUCAACUAAUAUUAUCAUGUUGAACUAAGUUUGCCUUACACUUCAAAUCUUGUGGAACACAGCGUCCACAAUUUGGGUUAUGUCUUGUUAUCAGCUUUGAUAAUAUUAGUCAAGCUUAUCUUGAAUUAGUCAAAAUAACUCAAACUUGAAACAGCAGCUUCUUUACUUGGACAUUCUUUUUCAUUAAUCUCAACAUCUUGUUCCCUCAUCAAAGGGAAUGAAUCCUUUUACAAAAA